GCACAGAUGGCUGCUCGUUGUUCCCCCAGGAGGCGAGGAGCCGCAGAAUCAUCAACACGUUCAUUGGCUGUGCGGGCAGUGAAUAAUAGCCCUCCGGCCAGCCUCGGUUAGUUAUUCUGAGGACUUCGUCAUUGAGCCCAGACGUCCAGGAUGGUGAUGUCCAUUUCACGUCUCUGUGGCUAUCGUUGCAAGUACAUAGAAUAACGUUGGGGCGACUUGCUCAACGCGACAGGCCCGAGAUUAUAGGUUGUUCCGGCGGCGCCAUCAUUCCUGUGUAGCUUCACGUCUUUCGCCGAUUUCGCCUUUCCGCACUUCCAACACACAAUGGCCUCCAGGACGGUUCCCGCGUCGUUCACAAGACCGCUAUUCGCAACACUACGCAGCACGCCUCUGCCUACUCGAUCCUUCCUCUGCGUUGCAUCACGAACACGAACACGUACCUCGACCGAAUUGUAUCGCCCUGUCGUUCGCAUUGCCAGCCACACGAGAGCUUUCUCGUCAACGCCACGAGCACAACUGGCCACCGAAGAUGACUCUUUCGACCCGAAAUCGAUUGAGCGCGAGGUCGACGAAGUCGAUGUUCUCAUUGUGGGCGGAGGCCCUGCUGGUCUAUCAGCCGCUAUCAAGCUGAAGCAGCUUGCGAACGCGGCAGGAAAUGAGGACUUCCGUGUACUGUUACUCGAGAAGUCGGGCGAAUUGGGUGAUCAUAUUGUGUCUGGAAACGUCAUCGAGCCUUCUGCACUAGACGAGCUGCUACCAGACUGGAGGUCUGAGGAUAACUUGAACCGUUUUGCCGACAUCACACCUGCGAAGGAGGACCGCAUGCGUUUCCUCACGAAGACCAGAUCGAUCUAUCUCCCGAAACCACCGCAGAUGAACAACCAUGGCAAUUACAUCAUCAGUCUGAAUCAGAUGGUUAAAUGGCUUGGCGAGCGUGCCGAAGAAGUGGGUGUGGAAGUAUACCCAGGAUUUGCCGCUUCUGAGAUUUUGUACAAUCAUGAGGGUGUGGUCAAAGGUGUGGCCACUAACGAUCUCGGUAUCUCACGCGAAGGCAAGGCCAAGGACUCCUUUGAGCGCGGCAUGGAGUUCCAUGCUCGGGUAACGCUUCUUGGCGAGGGCUGUCAUGGCAGCCUGUCUAAACAGGUUAUCAAGAAGUAUGACCUGAGGCGAGACAGUCAGCAUCAAACAUAUGGCCUUGGUAUUAAGGAGGUAUGGGAGGUCCAGCCCGAGAAAUUCAAGUCGGGUCAGGUCACCCACACAAUGGGUUAUCCCUUGCAAAAGGACACCUACGGCGGUGGUUGGAUGUACCAUUUCGGUGACAACCUGGUCAGUAUUGGUCUUGUAGUCGGUCUCGACUACCCCAACCCAUGGGUCUCACCAUACGGCGAGUUCCAGAGGAUGAAGCAUCACCCGAUUUACAAGGAUGUGUUGGAGGGUGGCAAGUGUAUCUCCUACGGUGCAAGGACACUGAAUGAGGGUGGCUUCCAAUCGAUACCAAAGCUUGCUUUUCCCGGUGGUGCUCUGCUAGGUGAUUCGGCAGGAUUCGUCAAUGUACCCAAGAUCAAGGGUACACAUACAGCAAUGCGCUCGGGGAUGAUGGCUGCAGAGGCAACAUGGGACGCGCUGCAAGGCAACACUGAUGGUGGCACAGUAUUUCUUUUCGAUUACGAGGACAAGAUGAGGAAGUCUUCGGUCUGGGCAGAGCUCAAGCAAGUUCGCAAUAUGCGACCUUCUUUCCACACGGCGCUGGGUCUCUACGGAGGUGUGCUAUACUCUGGUCUAGAGGCCUACGUCUUCCGUGGCAAGACACCAUGGACUUUAAAGCAUGGGCUCCCCGACCACGCUGCCACAAAGACGGCAGACCAAUACGAGAAAAUCGAGUAUCCCAAGCCACGAAGAGGAUCAACCGUGCCAUCUACAAGUCAAGGACUGGGAAGCGCACGCACAGAAGCAGUACCCCCAGUAUAAGGGUGUUGAGAACCGCUUCUGCCCUGCUGGUGUAUACGAGUAUGUUGAGGACGACAGUAAGGAGUUGGGCGUCAGGUUCCAAAUCAACGCCCAGAACUGCGUCCACUGCAAGACCUGCGACAUCAAAGUACCAGCCCAAGACAUCAACUGGCAGACUCCUCAGGGUGGUGAAGGACCCAAGUACGUCCUCACUUAGAGGCUGAUUGCACUACGGUAUCGUUUUCUGGCGUAAACCACUGCUACAUCUGUUCAGAUUGUGUAUAUUAGGCAGCGCGCAAUUGUAUAUACCCAUUUCUCCUGCCAACAUAUUGAUGCCCAAUGGUGAAGCCGAGCCAGCCGAACAUGUGGUGUGACCUUGCGCACAAUGCUCUCCCCAUCGUGAUGGCGACGGCGACCACGACGACGACGCAAG